AUGUCUAUAAAUAUGGAAGAUCUAAAAAAAGUUAAUGUAGAUACACUCACAGCAAAGGAGAAAUAAAAAUGUUAUGAGGCUUUUGUGGCAUUUGAUAAAAAUGUAUCGGGAUAUAUUGAGAAAGAUGAAUUAAGAGCAGUUCUUGAAGAAAUGGGUUAGAAGCCAUGA